AUGAGCCUGCCUACCAGAGGUACGACAAACAGGCCUGCCUUUGUCGGCAGACAGCUUCUCCUCCUGUCCCUGAUACAACUCCUUGGAAACUUGUUUUUCUAUGAUGAGUUUGAAGGAACGAGUUUAGAUACCAAUAAAUGGUUAACACAUUACCCAUAUGGUCCAAAUGAAAGUGACAAAGCUCCUGCGGCACGAUUACAUACUACUCGCCCAAAUCGUGAAAAUCAGAUUUAUAGAGACAAUAUGGUAGUGGUUAAUGAUGGUAUUUUAGAACUUCAAGCAGCAAAGAAAGUUGGUACUUAUAUGGGUUAUACAAAGGAUUAUGAAGCAGGCAUGAUUCAUUCUAAGGAUAAAGCAGGUUUUCAAGGUUAUACAAAAUAUGAGAUAAGGUAUAGUCUUCUUGGAAAAGGCUAUUAUCUGCAAGAACCAGCUUAUCCACGUUCUACUGAACGAAUGCGAGUAAUUGCUAACUUAGCCAUAGGAGAUGGCAAACGAGGAAAUAAAUUACAUCAUCCACCAGGUUUAUUCACCAAAUUUCCGAACAAAAUGGAAAUUGACUAUAUUAGAGUAUAUCAAAGACAUCCUCAAAAAAAUCUAACUGAUUUGUGUUUUGAAUUUCCUCUUAUCAUUGACAUUGAAACAUCUCCUAUCCAUAAUCUUGUAGAUAAUGGAAUUGGUAUUGCACCAGAAUAUCACAAUCAUAUUUUUGAAAUGUUUAAACGCUUGCACACCAGAGAAGAAUAUCAAGGAACAGGAAUAGGUUUGGCGUUAUGUCAAAAAAUCGCACAAGGAUACAAGGGCAGCCUGAUUGUAGAAGCUUCAUCUUCAAAGGGAACAACUUUUGCCUUAAACUUAUACACUUAUGGCAAAUAUAGGUCGAGUAAAGCAGUAAUUGGUCCUGUUGUAGAUGUUAGUUUUUCAGGUGCAGCACUUCCUGAAAUCCUUAACGCAUUGACUAUCACAAAGGCAGACGUUUCAACGUUGGUUUUAGAAUGUCAACGUCACUUAGGAGAAGAUAGUGUUCGUACAAUCGCAAUGGAUGCUACUGAAGGUUUAAGAAGAGGAAUUGAGGUAUUGGAUACAGGUGCUCCAAUUUCUAUGCCUAUCGGUGAACACGUAAGAGGUCGCUUAUACAACGUAGUUGGAGAAGCUAUUGACGGUAUUCCUGUAAAAACUGAAACAGAACGUGCGCCUAUUCACGCAACUCCUCCAACUUUCGAGGAUUUAUCAGUACAACAAGAAGUACUUUAUACAGGUAUCAAAGUAAUUGACUUGAUUUGUCCUUACUUAAAAGGUGGUAAGAUUGGUUUGUUUGGUGGUGCUGGUGUAGGUAAGACCGUACUUAUCCAAGAAUUAAUCAACAACAUCGCGAUGAAAUACAAAGGUCUUUCUGUAUUUGCUGGUGUUGGUGAACGUACUCGUGAAGGAAACGAUAUUCUUCGUGAGAUGAUUGAAGCUGGUGUAAUCAACUAUGGUAAAGAUUUCAAGCAUUCUAUGGAAGAAGGUGGUUGGGAUUUAUCAAAAGUUGAUGUAGAAGAGUUAGAAACAUCUCAAGCGACGUUGAUUUUUGGUCAAAUGAACGAACCUCCUGGUGCGCGUGCAAGAGUUGCUUUGUCAGGAUUAACAAUUGCGGAAUAUUUCCGUGACGGUGAUAUGAGUGACCCUAAUGGUGGACGUGAUAUUUUGAUGUUUAUUGAUAACAUCUUCCGUUUCACACAAGCAGGUUCUGAGGUAUCAGCAUUAUUAGGUCGUAUGCCGUCAGCAGUAGGUUACCAGCCUACAUUAGCUACGGAAAUGGGUAUGAUGCAAGAGCGUAUUACUUCAACUAAGCGUGGUUCUAUUACAUCUGUACAGGCGGUUUACGUACCUGCGGAUGACUUGACGGAUCCCGCUCCGCAACACUUUGCUCACUUGGAUGCAACUACGGUACUAAAUCGUAAAUUAGCUUCUUUAGCUAUUUAUCCAGCGAUUGACCCGUUAGAUUCUUCUUCUCGUAUUCUUGACCCACAAGUUUUAGGUGAAGAACAUUACAAUGUUGCACAAGAGAUUAUGCAAUUAUUACAGCGUUAUAAAGAAUUACAAGAUAUUAUUGCUAUUCUUGGUAUGGAAGAAUUAUCUGAAGAAGAUAAAUUGGUUGUACACCGUGCAAGACGUGUUCAAUUGUUCUUAUCUCAGCCUUUCCACGUAGCAGAGCAGUUUACAAAUAUCCCUGGUGUAUUCGUUGACAUCGAAGAAACUAUUCAAGAUUUCAAAGCAAUCUUAAGAGGUGAUGUUGAUGAUUUACCAGAGAAUGCGUUCCACUUAGUUGGUAACUUGGAAGCUGCUAGAGAGAAAGGAGCUAAGAUUUUAGCUGAUAUUAAAUAA